AUCAAGUGAGCGACUAAUGAGGACUUCAUUUCUUGUAAAGUGGUCUUAUGCUUUGCUUACUUCCAAACAAUGAAGGGCUGGGUCAUCAACAAUAGGGGAUAAAGGGUAUUUUCAUGAUUGGUGACCUGCAAUUUUGGGGAUUUCUUCUAUUUCUUCAUGAUUAUGACAUCUGGAAAUUUUGUAACCCAGAGUUAGCCUGUGAAGAAAAUCAAUGAUACUUCAAGGAUGCCAUGUGAGGAAAACAAUAAGAAAACAAAAGGAAGGGCAUGAGAGUUUAGACUAUGAUCUGAAAUGAAGGGACGAGGUCAAAAUUUCACGUCAUUCACAAAUUUAUUUGCAUUGUUCAGCAUAACUUCCAAUAAUGCCUGUAUACAGUCAUACUUUUCUUUUGCUCAUUAAGUCACAUAAGUUCUCUACCUCAACACAUGGUGGAAAACUUACCAAGAGAGCGUGCAUUGGCCUUCUCAAAGCUUGCAAAUCAAUGUUCCACCUCAAGCAAAUCCAGGCUCAGAUGUUUCUGGCGGGUCUACAUGAAGACUUGGACACCCUCGGCAAACUUAUGGUCAUCUGUACUGACUCAUCUGUUGGGGACUUACACUAUGCAUGUAGAACCUUUAACUACCUUCAUAAGCCAUCCUUGUUUAUAUACAAUCUUAUGACCAAAGCCUUUGUGGAAAAGAGUAGUUUCAGAGAAGCCAUUUCCUUAUUUAGUCAACUGAGAAAAGAUGGUUUAUGGCCAGAUAAUUAUACAUAUCCAUUUGUCCUCAAGGCUAUUGGUUGUAUUGGACAGUUUAAUGAAGCUGUGAAGGUUCAUGGCUUCAUAGUGAAGACCGGGCUUGAGCUUGAUACUUAUGUUUGUAACUCACUAAUGAGAAUGUAUGCAGAAUUGGGUAAAGUAGAUAGUUUUGAAAAGUUAUUUGAAAAUAUGUCAGAGAAAGAUAAGGUUUCUUGGAAUAUCAUGAUUACAAGUUAUGUAAAGUGUAGGAGAUUCAAGGAUGCCAUUACUAUUUUUCAGCGGAUGCUAGAAGAAAGCAAUGAGAAGCCUGAUGAAGCUACGGUGGUAAGCACUCUAUCAGCCUGUACAGCAUUAAAAGAUUUGGAUCUUGGUAAGGAAAUUCACAGUUAUGUCUUGAGUGAAUUCCUUUUAACAACUAUAGUGGGCAAUGCAUUAGUGGACAUGUACUGCAAGUGUGGCUGCGUAAGUAUAGCUCAGGAAAUUUUUGAUGAGGUGCCUAUGAAAAAUGUGAUUUGUUGGACAAGUAUGAUAAAUGGGUAUGUGACUUGUGGUCAGCUGGAUGAAGCUCGAGAUUUGUUUGAGAAAAGUCCAACGAGGGAUAUUGUUCUUUGGACAACUAUGAUUAAUGGUUAUGUGCAAUUCAAUCGCUUUCAUGAGGCAGUUGCAUUAUUUCAAGAGAUGCAAAUGAGAAGAAUCAAACCAGAUAAAUUUAUUGUUGUUACUCUCCUUACAGGUUGUGCUCAGUUGGGAGCCCUGGAGCAAGGGAAAUGGAUUCAUGGUUACAUAGACGGGAACAAAGUGACAUUGGAUGCCGUGGUUGGUACUGCCCUAAUUGAAAUGUAUGCAAAAUGUGGUUGCAUAGAGAAAUCUUUGGAGAUUUUCUAUAGGUUAAGGGAAAGAGAUACAGCCACAUGGACUUCUAUUGUCUGUGGUCUUGCAUUGAAUGGUAAGACAAGCAAAGCCCUUGAGCUCUUUCAAGAAAUGAAAAAAUUUAGGGCUAGACCUGAUGACAUCACCUUUAUUGGUGUUUUAAGUGCUUGCAGUCAUGGGGGAUUGGUAGAAGAAGGGCGUAAGAUCUUUUAUUCCAUGAAGAGAACAUAUCAAAUUGAGCCCAAGGUGCAACACUAUGGGUGUUUCAUUGAUCUUCUUGGUCGAGCUGGACUGCUACAUGAAGCAGAAGAGUUAAUUAAGAAGUUGCCAGAUCAAAAAAAUGAGAUGAUAAUUCCACUUUAUGGAUCUCUGCUGAGUGCCUGCAGAUUUUAUGGCAAUAUUGAAAUGGGCGAAAGGAUUGCUCAACGACUGGUAAAUAUUGAAUAUAGUGAUUCCAGUUUGCAUACGCUUUUGGCUAACAUUUAUGCUUCUGCCGACAGAUGGGAAGAUGUGAGCAAGGUCAGAAACAAGAUGAAAGACUUGGGAAUCAGGAAAUUUCCUGGAUGUAGUGCUAUUGAGGUGAAUGGCAUUCUCCAUGAGUUUCUUGUUGGCGACCCAUCUCACCUUGAAAUAGGUCACCCUGAAAUAAGAGACACAUAUUCCAUGCUGGAUGCAAUAACUAAACCCUUGUUUGGUUCAGAAGUAAAUGAGAUGGAAACAGAAAUUUUAUGUCUAAUGAAUUCUUAACUGCGAAAUUGUGGUUGAGGAAUAUCAGUUUCCUGUCGAACUAAGGAUCAGGUCUAAGAGAUUGAAAAUGUUUCUCGCCAUUUUUUAUGGUACAGCCAACCUGCCACAAGCAUGGAACCAAUUUAAAAAUCCUCUCUGGGAGGAUGCAUGAAGUGUUGAAGAAUGAAGUCUUGGAUAAAAGUUUAAAUGCUAUUUGUGGAUGAGUUUUGGACUGAAUAUUUUCUGUACUGAUUUGUUGUUAGAUUAAUCUUCAAAACUUAUUGAAAAGACUCGUCUUUCAAACAUUGAUAAGCAUAUUCUAAUUAGUUUUGAUUCUUUGAAUCCACAUGCAGUUCUAACUAUUUAGGCAGUAACAUUUUAGUUCUCAGUCAUUUGUAUGAAUUGCUUGCUCUUCCCCCGUUAUCUUCUGCACAACAUAUUAUUCAAUUAAUUUUGUUUAGCCUGCGAUAUUAUAUUGUUCAAUAUCUGAUGUUUCAAUUUGUUUAAGCCAAAUUUAGUCUCCAGUUCUAAGUUUAACCAAUUUCAUCAUAUGUAGACUAGACCAAUCAAUCAACCUAUAAUAAUAAAUCAAAAUCAAUGAUCAGCC